AUGUCCAAGACUCGUGGAUUCUGGUCGUACUUCCUAGGUUCAUCGAAACAUUUGAACCAACGUACGGACUGGGUCAUUAAUAGGUAUUAUGCGAAGAAAGCGAAAAACGAUGGCUGCAGUAGAGCGUUUGUAGACAUCCCUCCCGAUCCUGACCCGAUAUGCCCUGAACCUUGCGACAGGCAACCCAAGAAAAAGAAGGGCAUCUUACACAAGAUCAAACUAAAGGUUAUAGAAGGCGGCACCAACUUUGGCACACCCUUUCGUAAGAUCGAAUGCAAACCGGCGGUGUGUAAACAACCAAAGGAACCCCCGAAGGCGCUACCGGCUCCGAAGAAGAAGGUACCUCCGAUGCCGGCGCCUCGGCCGGGUGUCCAGGUAUCAGUGCUUGGUGCCGACACUGCCAUCGGGCAGUACGUCGCGUUGCUUUUGAAGCAGUGCUCCUGCAUUAAGAAGUUACGUCUGUACGAGGCGAAGGACUCUCAAGGGUGCACGAGGGAUCUGUGCUCGGUAGUCCAAGAUCUUCAGCAUAUCAAUACCAACUGCCUCGUACAAGCAUUUAGCUGUGCUUGCUAUGAACUGGAACGGUGUUUACAGAACACAGAUAUAGUUCUAAUGCUGGAAAGCGGCUACCUCAACGUGGACAUGCCCUUCGAGAAGCGGUUCCUAUACCAGGCGCCGAUAGUAAAGUGCUAUGCCGACGCCAUCGCCAACGAGUGUCCCAAGGCGUUUAUCAUAGUGUGCGCCACGCCCAUAGACUGUAUGGUGCCUUUGAUCGCUGAGACGUUAAAAGAGACAGGCUGGUACGACCCGAAGAGGCUGCUGGGCUCACUGGCCGUGCCAGAGAUGCGCGCGAGCACGCUAGCUGCGCGCGCGCUGUGUCUCGAGCCGCGGUACACUCGCGUGCCGUGCGUUGGGGGCACUGAAGGCGAUUCCUUAGUACCCUUGUUCUCUAAGGCUGUUGAGUACUUCGAUUUCGCUCAGCACAAUGCCGAAAUGAUGACGGAUGCGGUGAGGAAUGCUCCGGCCGCUGUCGCCAGGAGCGAUGGUCCUUGCUUGAGGGUGGGGGACCUCAGCGAGGCACACGCUCUCGCCGGCCUAGUGACCACCGUAGCUCACGCACUCCUCUGCCACGAUAUACCACGAGUGACGGGUUUCGUCGAAACCGACCUUGGACAAGUCAUAUCACCUGCCAAAUAUGUCGCAACUGACUUGCUACUGAACCACAGAGGCGUUUUCAAGAAGUUCGAAUUCCCUGACAAACUGAACUCUUACGAGCUCGGCUUGAUAGACAUGUCUUUGUGUAAAGUAGUAAAGAACUAUGAUCUUGCCAUGGAAUGGUACCGAUCCAACUACGAUUGCUUCGUGGAGAGAGGCCGAAGUACAAUGAAGAAAAAUUUCCAAUCACCAAGACACUACGAGCGUCUAGAAGAUUGUGCCAAACAUUUGGUAGACUAAGUGUUCGGAGAUAAGCUUCAUAUGGUCGUUUCUCCCGUUGUUUAAGGAACAUGAUUCUGAUCACAACAGGGUGCCUAUGUUUUAUGUACUAGUAAAUAGAUCGAAAGCGUGACGCUGUAUACCAAGUAUUUGUAUGAACCAAGUUUGUUGUUGCUGUAAGUGAAAAGGUGUUAAAUCCAAGUUUCAUAUAAAAUUUGUUAAGUAAAAAAAAAUAGUAAAGUA